UCUGCCUACAGUGUUUUUGUUCCCAACCAAAGUCCCUGUCUCAGUGCCGGUUGUCUUGGCGCAGGUUGCGGGACGACAGCAUUUUCGUUUUAUUUAGAUUCAUUUCGUUUUAUGGUUCUGGUUUCAUAUGACAAAAUGGGGCCUGGUUAGAAUGUUCUAGAACUAACAGUUUAGGAAGGUUGAAAGAAAGCCGAUGCGGGUUGGGGCGAACAGCGGCCCGCUGCCCUGUUCGAAUCCUCGGGCUGAAUUUACUUGGACUUGCCGGCUUUUUCCUUGCUGGCAAACCAGGAAGGGAAGGACAGGACACCAACAUCUUGUACGGCAAGCAAAGCAAUCUCUCCUUGAUUCUGUUCUGGGAGUGUUUUAACCCGAAACGCCGCCAAGAUAGCUGGGCCGGGUAGGAAGCGGCACAGCUCAGAACCAGACCCCAGUGGAAGCGGCUCCGGGAGUGGGAGUGAAGUGGGUGACGGGCAGCCUGUGAGUGGAAAGUGGCUAAAGAUGGCCAGCAGUAGCACUGGCUCCAGUGAGCCCGCCCGCAGGAGACCCCAAAGAGGAACUGAUGACCCAGUCAGCACCAGCAAGAAGAAACAGAAGGAUCGGGCCAACCAAGAGAGCAGGGAGGCCAAACGAGCUGCAGCAGUUGCCAGCGCGGAGACUAAGAAAGAUCUGUUUCUGGACUGGAAGCAGAAUACGCAAGAGGUGAUAGUCAGGUUGCGCUGUGGUGAUGAAGUACUGAGAGUGGAGGAUAUAGCUGCUGUCUUUACCGACACUGCCUGUCAAGUCCGUCUACCAGAUGGCCGUGAAUGGAGCUGUCACCUACAUGCAGAGAUCGAGAGCUCAUGCAGUAAACUUCAGUAUAAGGAGAAAGGUAGCAUCCUGCUGCUCAUUAUGCAAAAGAAGAUUCCACUCAACACCUGGCCCUCUCUCAUGCAAAUCAAGAAGAAGCAUGAGCCAGUGAACAUCCCGUCUGAAAAUGGCAACAACCAGCAGUUAUCUGUAGCAAAUCAGGAAAAAUCUGGUGCAACCACAGAAACGCUCAAAACUCCCGCACAACCAUCAACAGCGCCAUCAGGCACCGAGCAUAAACGCACCGGCAAACCCGACAGGGGGCUGAAACGCGGGAUGAAGAACAAACAAACAGAGAAAACAGAGUGUGCAGGGACGACAGUAUCCGAACCCUCUAAGCUGGUGAGCAAAGGAGAGCUGACUCCAGAGCCCAGUGCUAAACGCACGGUUCGUACCACGGCCAGGAGCCUAAAGGAGCCAAGCUCGGGAGCCAGCCCUGUUAGGGAUGUGCCAUCCAAACCCUCUGUGAAUGGCAAAGCACAUACGCCUGCCAGCCACAGCUCCACCACCCCUUCACUGAGCCUUAAGGACAGCUGUGGGGAACAGCCAGGCAAGGGGAUGCAACAGACUGCACAGACGGAGAAGAUAGCAGAGAGGGAACCAGAUAAUCAGGUUGACACAGAUGAGAAGAAUAAAGCCCAUGUGCCUACCUGUAAGCUGAGGUUGGGGCACCAGGAGGCCCCUGUGUCCCAGGUAAAAACCCCGACCCCUGGGGACACCCACAGGGCUGAGCAGAUGGACAGUGGAACUGGAGCCGUGGAAGGGAGAGAGAGGGACAGGGGAGAGCAGAGGACCGAGUCCGACGCGGAAAUUAAGGCUUAUCCCGAGGUCACCAAGGUCCAGCCAUCUCACCCUUUGGGAUCUGGAGAGCCUUUCCCAACAGCUGUUCCCAAAGAGCAAGGUUCACUCAUAAAGAGCAGGACGGAGGAAGAGAAGAGAGACAAAUCUAAAGAGGAGCCUCAAGGGAAGAGCCAGGAGGAGGAAGAAGGCCCAGAGCCCAUGGUGAACUUGAAGUUUGUGAAGAAUGAUUCCUAUGAGAAAGGGACAGACCUGAUGGUGGUUAACGUCUAUGUUAAGGGCAUCUGUCGAGAGACGGCCAGAGUGCUCUUCAGGGAGCAAGACUUCACUCUCAUCUUCCAGACCUGUGAUGCCAAUUUCCUGCGCCUUCAUCCAGAUUGUGGACCAAACACUGUCUUUAAGUGGCAGGUCAAACUCAGGAACCUAAUCCAGCCAGAGCAGUCAAGCUAUGCCUUCACCCCGUCCCGCAUCGAUAUCACCCUGAAGAAGAGACACAGCCAGCGUUGGGGGGGCUUGGAGGCCCCCGCCUCACAAGGUGCAGUGGGGGGCGCCAAAGUCGCUGUGCCCUCUGGUCCUUCCCCGCUCGAUAAGAGCCAGCCAGGGAGCAGCCAGCACGCCCUGCCUGCAAAGGAAGAGCCUCGUGCAGGGGAGGAGAAGCCAAAGCCUCCGCGGGCUUCAGAGGAAGCUAGCCUGGAUUCUGUGGCUCCCCGCACUGUCUCUGAGCAUGUUCCCAUCAAACAGGAACCCGCCGUGGCCACAGUGAGAGAACAGCAGCCAAAACCCACAUGCAUGGUACAGCCGAUGACUCACGCUCCUCCUGCAGGCAGUGAGCGAGCUGAGGAAGAGGAGGAAAAGAAGGUUUGCCUCCCUGGCUUCACAGGACUGGUCAACCUGGGCAACACCUGCUUUAUGAACAGUGUGAUCCAGUCUUUGUCCAACACGCGAGAGCUGCGAGAUUACUUCCAUGACCGGGCAUUUGAAACAGAGAUUAACUGUAAUAACCCGCUGGGCACGGGUGGAAGGCUGGCCAUCGGGUUUGCCGUGUUGCUUCGGGCUCUGUGGAAGGGUACUCACCACGCCUUUCAGCCCUCAAAGCUAAAGGCUAUAGUGGCCAGUAAAGCCAGCCAGUUCACUGGCUACGCUCAGCAUGAUGCCCAGGAGUUCAUGGCUUUCCUGCUGGAUGGGCUGCAUGAGGACCUGAACCGUAUCCAGAACAAACCCUACACAGAAACUGUGGACUCGGACGGCCGCCAGGACGAGGUUGUGGCAGAAGAAGCGUGGCAGAGGCACAAGAUGAGAAAUGAUUCCUUCAUUGUUGACCUCUUCCAGGGCCAGUACAAGUCCAAGUUGGUCUGUCCCAUGUGCUCCAAGGUUUCGAUAACUUUUGACCCAUUUCUCUACCUACCUGUACCCCUACCUCAAAAACAGAAGGUGCUGACUGUUUUUUAUUUUGCUAAAGAGCCUCACAAGAAACCAAUCAAGUUUCUGGUGAGUGUCAGUAAAGAAAACUCAAGCACGGCAGAAGUUUUGGAGUCAAUAUCCCGCAGUGUCAGGAUCAAGGCGGAGAACCUGAGACUUGCAGAGGUUACUAAAGGUAUAUUCCAACGGAUCUUCUUGCCAUCUCAUUCGCUGGACACCGUGUCGUCCUCAGACACGCUGCUCUGCUUUGAGGUUUUGUCGAAAGAGCUUGCUAAGGAGAGAGUGGUGCUUCUGAGGGUCCAGCAGAGGCUCCAGGUUCCCAUCAUUCCUAUAGCGAAGUGUGCUGCGUGUCAGAAGCCUCCACUGUCUGAUGAUGAGAAACUGAAACGCUGUACACGCUGUUACCGCGUGGGAUACUGCAACCAGGCAUGCCAGAAGAGUCACUGGCCUAACCACAAGGCUUUGUGCAGGCCAAAUAAUGAGAAUGUGGGGCUGCCUUUUCUGAUUAGUGUACCGGAGUCUCGGCUUACCUAUGCCCGCCUCACCCAGCUUCUUGAAGGCUACUCAAGGUAUUCUGUCAACGUGUUUCAGCCUCCUUUCCAGUCUGGCCGGAGUUCCCCAGAGGCUGGCCAGUCUCGCGCUGACCUGCCUGCCAUGUCGGGAGGUGUGCCAGAGGGUUUGGGCCCAGAGGAGGAACCUGUGGCUGGAGAUAUGGGGGAUGUAGUAGGCCAGGACAACACGGUCUCUGUGCCCGAAAGCUCCACAGAGACGGGACAGGCAUCUGCUCACUCCUCAGGAGACUCUGACAGCCUCUCCACACGCACCACAGACUCAGGCUUCUCUGAGCUCGCAUCCAGCUCCCAUGAUCCUCUAGGGGAGAAGGAGACAUCAUGUGAGAAAGCUGUGAAGCCUGAAGCUGCAGUGACCGGAUACCAACAGUCCUCAGAGUCUGGGUUAGGGAGUGCCUCUCUGUUCUACAUCUCAUUCUCAGAUUCCAACAACAAAGAGCAGAAACUAGAGGACAAAGGUGAGGCCACACUAGAGAUCCCAGAGGACUGCACAGUAGAGCUGGUGUGGAAGAAUAAUGAGCGUCUGAAGGAGUAUGUGCUGGUGCGUUCCAAAGAACUAGAAUUUGAGGAGGACCCAGGAUCUGCCAGUGAGACAGCCAGAGCUGGGCAUUUCACUCUGGAGCAGUGUCUGAAUCUCUUCACCAAGCCAGAGGUGCUUGCCCCUGAGGAAGCAUGGUACUGUCCUAAGUGUCAGCAGCACAGAGAGGCCUCCAAACAGCUCCUGCUGUGGCGACUUCCCAACGUGCUCAUCAUCCAGCUCAAGCGUUUCUCAUUCAGGAAUUUCAUCUGGAGGGAUAAGAUCAACGACAUGGUCGACUUCCCCGUCAGGAACCUGGACCUUAGUAAGUUCUGUAUUGGUCAGAAAGAUGAUGUUCAGCAACCUCCUAUUUAUGACCUCUAUGCUGUUAUAAACCACUAUGGGGGAAUGAUCGGAGGCCACUACACAGCGUACGCUCGUCUGCCCAACGACAAGAACAGCCAACGGAGUGAUGUCGGCUGGCGUUUGUUUGAUGACAGCACGGUGACCACAGUGGAGGAGAGCCAGGUGGUGACCCGUUAUGCUUACGUGCUGUUCUACCGUCGUCGGAACUCUCCAGUGGAGCGACCUCCUCGUUUACUCAGCACCCUGGGAGCAGAGUCCACCGCCGCAGCAGAAGCCGCUGCCAGUCAGGCCUCUAGCCAGGCUCUCUUUGGGACAGAUCUGGACCCUGAAGGACCACCACAGUUGACCCCAGAAGUGACAUCUGACCUGUUUGCGCACUCUGGAGAUUGUGCCGCCCCAUCAUACAACAACAUGGAGGAAGUGGACUAGAGUAACCAGGGCAACAGUCACCGAUGGCAGCAUUCACCUCAGCGAAAUCUACAUCCCUAAUAAAGACGUUUCAGUGCUGUUGAGUACUUUGGCACGGUCCGUGUGCUUCUGCUGCACUUGUUGGACUGUAGAGGUGUGUGUGUGAGAGUCACUGUUGAGAAGGGUGGAUGUUAAGAGAGCUUCAGAUACACUUUUCAAUUUAUCCAAUACACAGCCAUCUGCAAGCAGUUACAGGGCACACAUGGAAAAACACGGGCACUUACACUUGCUAAUCUUAGAAUUUUGGGUUAGGUCUUCAAAGUGCGUCAUUUUAACAAGCACUUGUCCUAUGAUGCAAGUGUUUGAGUGUCUCGCUGCUGCUCAGUGUCUGCACAGUCCUUUGCCGUGCAGCCUGUUGAUAAACAUGGCAGCAUUUUGUACCGUGUGUUUUAAUGAUGAGAUGUAUGUUGAUCUCAGUAGGGUUAACUUAAAUACCCUUCAUACUCAUCAGCGCAAUCACACGAGAUAUAGUCUCAUCAACACCCAUGUAGUUGAAGGAAUUAGAAUGGCGGGGAUAUAGUAUGUUUGUGUGUGCAUGUUGGUUUGUUUGAGAUUUCUCAGUGUCUAACUGAAGUCUUGCUUGGCCAGGUGUGUGUAUUUCUAAGAUUUCUGUAAACAGAGCUCAGUGUUGAAACUGAUGGAAAGUGUCGUAAAUAAUAAUAUGAGUGUGGAAAGUGAUUUCUCCUUAUACAGGGCAAAAAAUUUGAAGUGAACCCCACCAGUUGCCACCAGUUGAUUUUUGUUUUUCUUGUCUUUUCAGUCCCUGAUACCUUGGUUGUUUUUAAGUCUAAAACCCUGUGGGAAUAUAAAAAGUUAAGACUUGAUUCACACAGAUGUGUGCAUGUUGACUCAUCCAGUAGAGCAUCAUUACUACAUUUUCUCUUUUUUUAUUUCAUUUUGAGUGGAUUGUCUUGUUCCCCUUUUUUCUUUUGUAUUGGACUGCAUAUAUAAACUGGGAGCAGGAAGUAUAA